AUGCAAUAAAUUGACAUUGAUAAUCAUCAUUUAAACUUCUAGUUAGAACUACAAUAUGCCAGAGCAAGAUAACGAUAGAGGAGAAGGAAUAUAAUCCUAAUCGUAUUUGCUAUAAUGUCCAUCUUCUAUGUAUUCAUUCAACCAAAUCAAUAUGGCAAUAAAUAAAAUCAGAUUCAAUAUUCUUAAACUAAUGGCACUAAUGGAGCCAUCAACAUUACAGAGACCAAUUCAACUUUACUCUAAAUCUAAAAACAUUUUGAAAUAUUAGAGAAAUUACUCAUCUCCCAAUUUCAAGGAAAAUGGACUGAUACAUAAUUAACAUCAAAUGAGUUGGCAGAAGCCAAUUUCUAUAAAACUUCUUAUUAAAAUCGCUUUCAAAUACAACUACAUUUGAAGCUAAUAGAAGGAUAGUUCCUAGAGGAUUAUUAUAACCAAUUCUCAUUUUAUUUGAAUUCGUCAUAACUAGUGUUACCCCUUGAAGACAACAACUUUGUAUUCGAAAAUGUCAGAGGGUCUUAUAGAAGAUCUAGUGUUUAUGAAAAUGAUCAGUCCAGCUUAGAAAUCUUUGCUAACUUGACCAUGAGAUUAAAUAACAUCAACAUGGAUAGUGAUACCCAAGAUGAUAUUGGAAUCGAAUUAGAUGUUCGUUAUACUUUAGAUUCAGAAACAUUCUCCUUCAAUUGCAAUCUUAAUAUCAUAAAUAUAGAUAGCAAAGCGAUUAUCUAUUCCACAAUAGUCUCAGUACUAGGUGUGAUUUAAUUUAUUAGUUGUCUUAAAUUGAUGAAGGACUUCAUAAAUGAAAACAGGAUGGCUUCCUAAUUCAGUCUCAUUAUAUUUGUAUUCCUUAUGAUCUAUGAUGGCUAUUUAGGAAUAGUUCAUUUCUUUCUUGCACUGCAAAGCGAAUAUUUCUUAACACCUGCCUUCCUUGAAUUAGUGUUGUUUUUCUUCUUAGAAUUGAAAUUAGCUAAACACAUUUGGCAAGAAAGGUUCAUCAACCUACAGGACAACCUGAAUUUAAGAAGAGAACUCUAUAGAUUUCAUCUUAAGUUUUACUUGCUGGCUAUUGUCGUUGUACUUCUACUUUAUUACCUUAUUUACUAUAAUGUUUUCUUGAUUGCCAUGAAUCUAUAUUUACUACCUUAGAUAAUACAUGUAGCAUAUAAAGGACAGUAUGUAGAAUUUGAUAAAAUCUUUGUUUUCGGUUUAUUGUCAACUAGAUUAUUCAUACCUAUUUACUAUAGAGGCUGUCCUUACAAUAUACUACAUGCUUAGGUGUCCUAUUUAACAGUAACAAUUAUAAUUCUCUUAUUUGCUGCUCAAGUAGUCCUCUAUUAUUAUCAAUGUAAAAUUGGACCGAGAUUUUUCCUUCCCAAGUGGCUAAGACCUAAAUCACAUGAAUAUUUUAUAGAAUAACCCAUAGAUGGAGAAUGUGCAAUUUGCAUCAGUUAAUUAACUGAAAUGCCAACGGAAUCAUAAUUAGAUAAUAAGUUUAUUGCGAAAAUAAUUAGUUAGAAUUAGAAUAAAUUAAUGGAAACACCUUGUGGUCAUCAUUUUCAUUCCAUUUGUUUAACUAAAUGGAUGAAUGUCAAAUUAAACUGUCCAACUUGUCGUUCCGUACUUCCACCAUUAAUUUGA